CAUGAGAUUAUGAUCCUCUGGCAGGAGAGAUCGCCGAGGAGGGAGUGGCGAUUAAUGGGGUGCGAUUUGGUGGCCGGGUGGCAGGGCUAAAACGUGGCGCGCUGCGCUCCAUGCCAAGGGUAGGUGGGGCCCGUAUUUCUGCGCUUCUCCUCGUGAGUCCGCUGCGGAUCGGCGCGUCGAUCUUCUGUACGGCCACGGCUAGCUAUCCAUUGGAGGAGGUGCUAGUUUGCUCCAAGACACAGCAGCCGCCUGAGAGGAAGCUGAGACCUCACCCAGACCAGGCCCUUAAAUGCCCAAGGUGUGACUCCACCAACACCAAGUUCUGCUACUAUAACAACUACAGUCUCUCGCAGCCCAGGUACUUUUGCAAGGGCUGCAGGAGGUACUGGACCCAAGGUGGCUCCCUGAGGAAUGUCCCAGUUGGAGGUGGCAGCAGGAAGAACAAGAGAUCCUCUUCCUCCUCCUCAAAGAGGAUAGCUGACCAAGAUCCCACAGCCAACUCCAACCCAGUACUCCCAGGCCUCAUACCACCGCCUCUUUCAUUUGAUCCAAGUGACCUCACCUUAGCCUUUGCUAGCCUCCACAAGCAACCAACACCCAUUCAGUCGGGGCUUGAUGACCAUGAUGCCUUUCUUCUAGGAAACCCUAACCAUAACCCUAACGCAAGCUCUGUUCCCACUGCCCCCAAUGAUGGCUUUCUUGACAUACUGAGGAGUGGGUUCCUUGACACGACCGGCCCAAGUGGCAUCUACAAUCUCUACUAUGGUUUUGGAGGCAAUGGCAAUGUGGAAGUUGGUGGCAGUGGGGACGAGGUGAUGCUGCCACUUGAGGGAGGAUUUGGUGGUGCAACAACCACAACCAGCCAAGGAUCCUGCAAAUUUAUGGAUGGAGGGGAGAACAAAUUGCUGAUGGGGAUUCAAUGGCCGGUAGAAGGGGAUGGCAAAAUGGCUAUGGAGUCAGGAAGAGAUGUUUGGAAUGGAGUGGGUUCUUCUUGGCAUGGACUCAUUAACAGCUCCUUGAUGAAGAGGGGCACUGGUUGGUAGGUUGUUCUCUACCCUUCAAGGUCCCUUGGAUUUCCAUGUUUUAGAAACUUCUAUAUUAAACAUUGCUUUCGCUGUAUUUUCCUUGUUAUUACUCUCCUUUUUUUCCCGUUAUUUUUCGUUGGAGUGGUGAUUUAAAAAUUCUAUAUAUGGCAAAAUGAAACAUCGAAGUUUGUUC